AUGUCAGCCCAAGAUAACUUCAUCCACUCUCUCGACCACAACCUGGGCAAGACCGACAUUGCUAUCCAGUCAAUUCUUCUGGCGAUUGGCUUUGUCGCUAUAGGGCUACGACUUUGGUCACGGCACUUGCAGCGCGUUCCGCUACAAGUUAACGACUGGCUAACCUUGGGGUCAACGGUACAGCCACUUUGUGUGGUUGGUUGCUAUGUGGUAGAAACCAUCAUGAUCCUGCUCUGUGGACUAGGGUCAGAAGCCCGCGUUGGAGAGCACGAGGUGUCUGUUCGUUUCAAAGAGUUGACGUAUGCCGGUGACCUUCUCCGGGUGACGGCAGUUUUCUUGAUCCAGUCGUCUCUCUUGCACUAUUAUCUUCGCAUGCAUCCGUGUCAGCCGCUGAAGUGGCUUAUUUACGGAACCCUGAGUCUUUGCAUCGCAUUGUGGAUUGCAAGCUUGCUGGCAACUGCGUUUUUCUGUACGCCACCAAGGAGGUUCUGGCUCGACAUAUCAGGGCAUUGUGGAGACCGCAAAAUAUUUCGUACUGGCUGCGCCGCGAGCGAGCUUAUCCUCGACAUGUUCAUUCUGAUUCUUGCCGUGCCUUUGGGGUACACUACUCGGAUAUUACAGAUACAUGCCAAACGUUUUGCGUGGGGGAUAGCUUUUACCCUGGGACUCUGCAUCAUCGCUCUUACUGCUCUUCGUAUCAAGUUUGGGCUCGAUAUCGACUCUGAGUAUCCAAGUUACAACACACUGCGCCUAUCACUGGUUUCAAGCAUGGUACCGCUUCUGGGACUAAUCGUUGCGUGCCUCCCUUUCAUGUCACCGGUCAUGGAGAAUAAUUUCCACACCUCCACACUAUCAUCCACAAUCCACAGAUCCGGCUCUGGUUAUGUGACCACAGGAUAUUGGAAAGCAGAGGAGCUUGAUGUUCCUCUAGUUGGUUUUGUCCCACCCGCUGUGCUCAAAGCCGGUCAGAUUCAAAUCACUUCAGACUGGGAGAUUCAUUCAACGCGGGAUUCUGCACGACUUGAUCGAGGGUCAUUGCGUCAGGUCUGA